AUGGAGCACAUCACGCUGCCCAAGGUUGAAAAUGUUCUAUUACUGAAUCGUUAUGUGAACAAGAAGCCAGCUACUGGGACUCUCUACCUUACUGCAACCCAUCUGAUAUAUGUAGAUGCUUCUGCUGAGGUCCGGAAGGAAAUUUGGAUACUGCACCACCACAUUGCCACUGUUGAGAAGUUAGCCCUUACCAACAUGGGGCACCCUCUUCUCUUGCACUGCAAAAAUUUUCGAAUGGCAAACUUUGUCUUUGGGUCUGAAUGGGAAUGUCAGGAAGUCCACGCUUCUCUGCUCAAGCUCUCCCAGCCAGUGAGACCAGAAGAACUUUAUGCAUUUGCUUAUAACCCCAAAUCUUCGAAAGAUGACAGAGAAAUUGGAUGGAAAAUGAUCGACUUAAAAUCAGACUACAAGCGCAUGGGAAUCCCCAAUGAGUACUGGGAAAUAACAGAUGCAAACAAAAACUUUGAGGUCUGCAGCACAUACCCUCCUGAACUAGUCAUCCCCAAAGCAGCUAGCAGGGCCAUGGUGGUGGGAUGUGCCAAGUUUCGGAGCAGAGGACGGAUUCCUGUGCUUUCCUAUUUCCAUAAAGAGAACAACGCCGCCAUAUGCCGCUGUAGCCAGCCCCUCUCUGGAUUCGGGUCCCGCUGCCUGGAGGAUGAACAGAUGUUACAGACCAUUAGCCAAGCCAACCCUGGAAGCCCAUUCAUCUAUGUGGUAGACACGAGGCCAAAGUUGAAUGCCAUUGCUAACCGGGCAGCUGGCAAGGGGUAUGAAAAUGAGGAUAAUUAUGCCAAUAUUCGGUUCAGGUUCAUUGGUAUUGAAAACAUCCAUGUGAUGCGGAGCAGCCUGCAGAAACUCCUGGAAGUCUGUGAAAUGAAAGUUCCAUCAAUGAGUGACUUCCUUGCUGGCCUGGAGAACUCUGGGUGGCUGAGACAUAUUAAAGCUAUUAUGGAUGCUGGAAUCUUCCUCACAAAGGCGGUGAAAGUUGAAAAAGCCAGUGUCUUGGUCCAUUGCUCAGAUGGCUGGGACCGCACAGCCCAAGUGUGCUCUCUAGCUGGCAUCCUUCUCGACCCAUUUUAUAGGACAUUUGAAGGGCUAAUGGUUCUCAUAGAAAGGGAAUGGAUCUCUAUGGGCCACAAGUUUUCACAAAGAUGUGGUCACCUGGAUGGGGACCCCAAAGAAGUAUCUCCUGUCUUCACCCAAUUUUUGGAGUGUAUCUGGCAACUGAUGGAGCAAUUUCCCUGUGCUUUUGAGUUUAAUGAGAAUUUCUUACUGGAGAUCCAUGAUCACGUUUUCUCCUGCCAAUUUGGGAACUUCCUAGGAACCUGUCACAAAGAACGAGAGGAGUUGAAAAUCUUUGAGAGAACCCAUUCCUUGUGGCCUUUCCUGUUACAGAAGAAGACAGAGUUUAGGAAUCCACUCUACAAGGGUUCCGCUGCUUAUGGGGUACUUUAUCCUAACACUCUGCCAUUCAGCUUCCAGUUCUGGUGUGGGAUGUACCAUCGUUUUGACAAAGGGAUGCACCCCAAGCAGAGCAUGCUGGACCAUCUCCUCCAUCUAAUGAAUCGGCAAGUGAAGAUGGAAGAGGACAUGACACACUUAGAGAAUCUCAUUCUCUACUCCAGCGAUGGGCAAACUACGGCCCGCCAGCCAGAUGCGCCCCCUGAAAUGUUCUAUCGGGCAGCAGGAUAUUCUUCCUAA